UAAUUAUAGCAAAUGAGUUUGCUAUGUAUUCAUCAGCCUCCAUUCAUCCUUCUCUAUACCAAGCACAAAAAUAAAUUGUGUUUUGAUAUCCUCCUCUUGAAUAAAUUAUUUUUGCAUGUUCUGCGAUAUUGAGAUCAUAAUACAUACAAAUAGUGCAUGAUGGAAAACACAAAGUUGGUUCUAGUGCUUUGUAUCCUGAUGUCUUCAUGUGUUACAUUGUGUGUAUCAUCCUCCUCAUUUGACGCAGAUCUGGGUGAUUAUCUUGGUGGCAUGAUGGGUGGUUCAAGCGUUUCGUGCAUGGAGAAACUCCUUCCAUGCCAACCCUUUCUGGUGCCGGGGCCCGCGCCGCCUCCGGCCAAUUGCUGCAUCCCCCUCAAGCAACUCAUCACCAACGAUACCAAAUGCAUUUGUGAUACCUUUAACAAUCCCCUUGUCAGGGGAUCUCUUAAUGUUUCCAUGGACGAUAUCAUGAAACUUCCCAAGGCUUGUAACGAAACCUUUGACAUUGCUGUCUGCAACGCGACCGGCCCAGCAGCAUCAGUCGAAGAUGCUAAAACUCAAAGCACUCCAGGCAAAGCCAAGACUGCAAGCUUAGACAGUGAAUCGCCGCCUGCAGCUGCAGAUAGUGAUUCCAGCCAAGAUGGCGAUGCAGAAGCUGAUGCCGCCCCGGAUGCUGAUUCGAAAGCAAGUGGAGCAAAUGCAAAAUUUGUGUCCUCUAUCGGACGUGAAUAUACGACAUCUCUGGCUUUCUUUGUGGCUUUCGUUCUAUCUGUAUAUUAGUCGUAGGCCCUUGUAGCUCAAAGAAGACUACUUUCUGGAGUUAGUACCUUCAUGUACGUUAUUUAACUUUCAUACCCCGUGGCCUUGUUUAUAUUUUCUUAAAUGUAACUUGAGCUGUUUACAAAAUAUUAUAAAUCCUGUAAUUGUUCUUCUUUCUUGCUUUUAUUUUUGAUAUCCGUCUCAGCCGUAUGAAAAAAUUUA